AUGGCCAAAUUCCAAGUGGGAUGGUACCGGUUCAUACCGUUUCUCGGUUACCACCACGUGUUGAUGAUCUUGAUAGCCAUCGCCAUCAUCAUGCUUUCGCUUCUUCUCGCGGGCUGCUCAUCCUCCUCGCCGCUCAUCCCUGACAUCUUCCUCCUCACCAUUUACUACGAGAACUACGAGGCCCGCCCCGACACGGCGCAGGUCGACUACAACGUUCACACCGCCAUCAGCAACAUUGCUGGUGACGCGCGCCUCGCCACCCGUGUCGGCUACUUUGGCAUCUGCAUCUCGCCCGAUGGUGGCAGUUGGCUGUGCAGUAACAAUGCGACGUCUCUUGCCAACGAGGUCUCGGUUGACCAAGAUCCGCUGAACCUCAUCUGGCUCGCUAGCGAGUUCAAGGACAUGGUUGUGUUCCCCUACCUGAUCAUCAUCGCCAUCAUCUUCGCCUUCAUCUGUUUCCUCCUUCUCGCCACCUUCCCCGGCUGGCACGAAGAGGAGGACUCGGAGGGUUCCGACCGCGAAGUCAAGCCCUUCCCGUCCCGCCCCGUCUCGCAAAUCUCUCUGGCCAUCAUCUUCAUCGCCUCCAUCUUUGUACUCGUCUCCGUCCUGUGGCAGCACACUGCGUCAGUCGCCGCCUCGAUCAUAGCGCAAGACUUUGGCAACGGAGCCGUCCGGUCAGCCGUUGGCACGAGCGCCAUGGUGCUCGGCUGGUUCAGCUUUGCACAACUCAUCAUCGUCACCAUCGGCCUGCUCGUCAUGAUCCUCUCGAUCCGCGUGCUGAGCCAGAUGGUGGACUAA